GACGGCCGAGGAGAUCCGCUCGGAAACAGGCUAUUUGGUGUUCCCAAGCAGCAGCCCUCUGUACCUCCCCUCUUUCUCUGCCAUUUUCUGUUUGGUUACCUAGAAAUUUGGAGGAAAUGGUAGAAAAUAUUGGAAACAUUCUAGAUCUCCGCCCUUGACGUCAUAUUUGGUUGUCACCGGCUUGGCAAUAGCGUAAAUCUUCCCUGUGCAUUCUAUAGCAAUCAAAUGUGGCAUGAUUGUAGGAUUUUGUUCAGUUUUUUUGCGUGAUUAGUGAAUUUUGAGUGCAUUGUUUCUGCUAGGGUAGAGAGAAGAAACAGGCAAAGGAUCAGUUUAAGAUCAAGAAAUUACCAAUCCGAGACAGUAAUUAAGCAUGUAAGUUUUCAUGUUCUCUCAUCGUAUCUCUAUGUAAAUUUCGUUCUCCGUUCUUUAGCAUCCUUCUGAUUGCUUCAUUACUGACUGUACUUUAAUUAGUACCUCAAUUUCAGUAGCAGAAUUUGAUUUUCUUAGUUAGUUGUUUUAAGCAUGUGCUUAUUUUGAAAAUCUCGACUGAAGAUUGCUUAAGAAAGACAGUUAUUGAAUGUGAAACCUCUAAAGAAAAAACGCAGUCCAGGAAGCAUUUUUCAAUUCCAAAUUGGUUAUCGUAAAGGUUUGAAAAGGUCACAAUUCUCUAAAUCAAGUAAUCAUCCCCCUCAAAUAGUGUUUAUUUUUUGUUCGAAUUAUGGAGAUUUGGUGAGAUGGUUGUACAAGCAGUAACUAAAAGCAUUUUAGCAGGCAGUAUCUCAUCAUGGAGGGACGUUUAUAAAGUCAGUGAAGCAGCUAGAAAAGCUAUGCAGUAUUCUAGCCUCCUUUUUUUUUCUUUUUUUUUCUUUUUUUUUAUACUUGUACAUGCUUCGUCUUACAAUAUUAGCUCUAAAAACAAAAGGAUGCAUGUGAUGGAAAAUGCUCCCCCGAAGUUUAAUCACCUGCCAUGAUUCAGGUGGAGAAGGUUCAGUUGAAUUUAGAACCUGUAUUUCCUAGUUUUGCAACAUCUGUGGUCAGGUCACACAUUGCUAGCUGUUUUUGGAUGGGAUUUCCUGGCAUGGUAAGGGUGAAUGAUCUUACUGAAGUGGAUGGAGCUCUGGGCCUGCUAAAUUUGGAUGCUCAUACAAAAAAAAAUGAUGCAGGCAAGUUGAUUAUCCUUUCUGAUUUUCUAGGUAUCAUGUUUGUUUUGUCAUAAAGUUUGCAUUAUUAUUGAACUUGUGAAAUAAUGAGAAGAUACAGAAACUGAUACAAUACAACAGUGUUUAGCUUUUGGUUCUUUUCUUUUCUUUUUUUUGGCCAUCCAUUAGCUUUGUUCAGCAGAAGAAUAAAAGGACCAACCAGCAGAGAUUGGCUUCUAGUCGUGAGAUGUUAGUGUAGUGGAGAUGCUGGUUUCAGAAGUUCUGAUGGUUUCAAGCUCUCCACAAAUACUAUUCAGUUUAAAGACAUCUCAAACUGCACCAGGAAAAAUGCAGCAAGCAUGCAGAAGCUACUCUGCAGCACCACCAACUACAAUAGGCCGGUGCAAUUUUGUCAAAAUGGCCACACAAGUCAGCAAAAAUGGCCAACUCCCAAAUGCAUUUUGCUUUUCAUUUAUUACCUUCAGUUCACUUCAGCCUAUAAAUGCCCAUGUUCUCUCUGUUGUAUACAUCAAGUUUUAAUCAAGUUUCAAUCAAAGUAUUUGUGUUAA